AUGCUUAACUUUGCCCGUCCCGCAGGUCCUACCUUGCCCGCGCCAUCGGAGACGGUCCCGCCCACGACUCGUCAAUCCGCCGAUGACGAUUCGGAAGAAGAGGACAAGGGCAAAACCAAGGGACGUCGGCCGCUCUCUGUGGAAGAGCUGCAGCUCAAGUGUAAGGAGCAGUGGCUUCGUUAUUUCCCGUGGCUCUUCAUCAGUGAGACGAAGGACGGGCGACCGUGCAUGCGCUGCAGCGUCUGUAUGGUGUUCGGGGACCCGCACUACAAGUACGGCCGCUACGGUGAAGGCGGCCUCGACAUUCAGAAGCAGACGAUGCGCAAGCAUCAUUUCAGCGUGAAGCACGAGGCCGCGGUGCUGCAGAAGGAACAACGUGAUGGCCUUAAGAAAGGCCAAAAGUCCAUGACAACCUUCGACAAGGGUGACGACGACGCCAGGCGAAUUGCUCGAUUAAUGGCAAUCGCUCUCUUCAUCUGCAAAUCUGACGCCCCUAUUGUGCUUUUCGUUGCUCUUGUUCAAUUCAUGGCUGAGCAGGGCACGCCGGACAUGCCCGUGAAGGAAAACGGCACGUACUACAGCGAGGAGGCGCUGGCAGCAAAAGAUGCAGCAACCGCGUUCCCUGACCUCCAGAUUGUGGACAAGGCGGUCCGGUCUGUGGUCGACAUUCUCGGGCGCCUUGUGGUCCAUACGCGUUUCAAGGAGCUGCAAGAGGUCAUUUGCGAGACACAUUUGGAGAUGCAGGGCAUCAAGGACGUGAGGUGGCUUUCCCGAGGCAAUGCGAUCCAGCGACUCGUCGCGGUGUUUCCUGCGGUUGUGAUCGUCUUGCAGGAAUUCGACAAAAAGAUGUACGCGACAGUGACUAGUUUCAAAUUCCAUUUCUUACUCUACUUGCUUGCCGAUGUGUUGAAGGAGCUGAACCUGCUCAACUUGAAGUUCCAGCAACGACAGACGGUACACAACACAACACUCCUGCUGCGGACUCGUUACCUCGACAGCAACGACGAGACGUUCGGGCAAAGCGGCGCUGCGCUGGGUCCAUUCUUGGCGAAACAUGCCUCGGGGAAGUGUCGGGAGGUCAAGGUUGAUGGCCUAGAUUCCACCGGAGUGCCAACAACUCACCGCUACCUGCUGCACGAAGAGGCUAUCGUGGGGCAGCAGAGCAAAGGCGACCUCAACUCCUGUUUGAAGCUCGGGCGGGACUUCGUUGUUGAGCUGAUUAAGCAGCUCGACUACCGACUGCAUGAUCUCGCGUCGCUCAAUGGCGCGAAGCUCUUCAAGAAGUCCCAAUACCCCAUGUCACAGGCUAAGCGCGAGCGACGGUUGGCGCAGUGGUUGCAGUCGCUGCGCGACAUGUACAAGAAGCAUCCCGAGGAUCCGGACACUCUGCCAGGUGUGUUAGGCGGCUCUGAGGCUGUGAAUCCGAAGGCUUACCCUUUGGCUGAUGCGCAGCUGACCAUCACCAUCCUCGAUAUUGUACAGCAGGCUUCUAACUACAAGCAGCUUCGCAAGGGAGCGAAUGAAGCGACCAAGACGCUGAACCGCGGCAUUUCGGAGUUCGUCGUCAUGGCGGCCGACGCGGAGCCCCUCGAGAUUCUGCUGCACCUGCCGCUGCUCGCCGAGGACAAGAACGUGCCGUACGUGUUCGUGCCGUCGCGGGAGGCUCUGGGGCGCGCGUGCGGCGUGUCGCGGCCCGUGAUCGCGUGCUCCGUGACGUCCAACGAGGGCAGCCAGCUCAAAUCGCAGAUCCAAAACCUCAAGGACGCUAUUGAGAAGCUUCUCAUUUGA